ACGAAAUCAUCGUCAUUGACGAUGGGAGCCCGGAUGGGACCUUGGCUGUGGCUCAACAGCUCCAAGACAUCUAUGGGUCUGAACGAAUCGUACUCAAGCCCCGUGCUAAGAAACUCGGCCUAGGCACGGCUUACAUUCACGGCAUGCAGUACGCCACCGGUAACUUCAUCAUAAUCAUGGACGCGGAUUUGUCGCAUCACCCCAAAUUCAUUCCUCAAUUCAUCCAACGACAAAAGAGUCGAAACUUUGAUGUGGUGUCGGGCACCCGUUAUGCCGGGGAUGGUGGCGUGAAUGGUUGGGAUCUCAAACGGAAAGUUAUAUCCCGCGGAGCCAAUUUCGUGACGCAGACCCUGUUACGGCCGGGCGCGUCCGAUUUGACGGGCUCAUUCCGAUUGUAUAAAAAGCAAGUGCUUGAGACCUUGGUCAAGGCUUGCACCUCCAAAGGCUAUGUAUUUCAAAUGGAAAUGAUUAUCCGAGCUCGUCAGCGAGGCUUCUCCAUUGGCGAGGUCCCCAUUUCCUUCGUGGAUCGCGUCUACGGCGAAUCCAAAUUGGGCGGCAACGAGAUUGUUCAAUUUGUCAAAGGCUUGUUGUAUUUAUUCGCGACCACAUAAUGAGAAUAUACCGGUUCUAUCACGGUC